AUGGAUGCUAUCAAGGCAGUGUUUGACGCGAGCCAAGCAGAGCUUCCACUUGUCACCGCAGAUUGUCCGAGCGAGGAUGACUCCACCGGAGGAGUUGAUAUCAUCGAAGUUAGUGAACUAUUCUCAGGUCCCAUCGCAGACCGUCUUGCUAUUCAAGAAACUAACCUCGUUGCUCUUCAAAAUAGAGUCGACUAUGGAACGAUUUUCGCACAAAUCAAAAGCUGUUCGUGCUCAUUAGCUUGUGCAGGUUAUUACAACCCUAUCCUUGCAUACGGCGAAGACCCGAAGAGGCGUCCAUAUUCUGCGAGAAAUAUGUACACGAAAGCUGGGCAAACUCAUCGGCGAGCUAUAGCCUGUCUUAUGUCCCUCUCGUGGCACCAACUUCCUUACUUGGCCCCCACUGCAGAUCCCUUCAUUUACAUCGUCUCGCGUAUGGGCACUACUGGCACUUCCGUCAAAGGGUUCGUGAACAACGAGUUUCCCGAGAUCAUCACUCCUAUCCGCAAGCACACCUCCGUCACCCUUGUCGUGGGGUUUGGAAUCGUUACACGUGUUCACUUUGACGCUACUGUCGAAGCUGGAGCUGAUGGCGUCGUCGUCGGGAGUCGCAUAGUCUCCCUCAUCAAAGAAGCGCCGGCUGGUAAGGUUCCUCGGGUAGUCGAGGACUCAAGGAAUCAUUGUCCUCCAACUCCUUCACUGCCGGAGUUUAAAGCUCGCACUAUCAUUACCCCGUCGUUGCCGGGAUGGGGCUCGUAUGUGCCGGAAGUGCUUUCCGACUGCCUCGUCGAGUUAGAGGAGGCUCAUAAUCGAAAGCCGCUUGGUUUCAUGAGCCGCUCUUCCAAGCUAUACUUUGCAGAGAGUCUGACCAAGUAUGCUAAUGGUGCACAGAUCUGGCUGAAAAGAGAGGGUCUGUACAUGCCCACAGAUCACAAAACGGUGCCGGGCAGCAUGGUGUGGGGGGUGCGACCGUGUGUGCUCGUUUUCGGGAUGGAAUGCACUAUGGAUAUUGGUGCGCAGGAUGCACGGAGACAACCACUGAACGUUUUCCGUAUGAAGAUGCCUGACGCGAAGGUCGCGCCCGUCGAGUCCGGCUCGGAGACACUGAAAGAUGCUCACAGAUCACGGAUGAAGGAGACGACAGGGAAACUUCGGGACGUAGUUGUCGCAUGCGUUCGCGGCGGCAGCAAUACCAUUGGGUCCUUUUGCAAGUUCCAUCCCGGGUACGUCUGUAUCGACGGCGACCGUCACGGUGUAAUCCUGACUAGAGGCAAGCCGGGUGUCUUGCACGGAGUUCGAAUAUAUGUCCUGCGAGAUCCCGCUAGUCAAAUUGUAGAAACGCAUUCUAUCAGCGCUGGAUUGGAUUAUCCUGACGUUGGACCGGAACACUCCUGGUUAAGGGACAGCGGGAACGCUGAGUACGAGGUUGCGAUGGACGAGGAAGCUUUGAGAGGAUUCCCAUUAAAAUCUUCACACGCUCUGUGGGGGGAAACCAACUUCGUUAUAGGAGAGAUAACAGACGUAGAACCGAUCUCUGAGCUCUUACCUGGACAGUGGGCCAAUCACUUUGAUUGGCACAUUUAA